UAAUAAAUAUUUUACGGUGGUUUCUUAAAUUUUGUUAAAGGAAUGAGGCGCCUUUGCCAGCAGGCCAGAAAACAGGCCCGCUUUGAUGCUCCUGAAUGUCUUCUUUUGGAUUUUUCAGCGCAGCGUGGAUACGUAUCUGCAAGUGAAUGGACAGAUGGAUGAGGCGAAGCCCCUUUGUGGCCUAAAGAGUGAGGACGGUCUCCUCGUCGUGUUGACAGAAACUAUUCAGGGGCUGGAGGCUGUCAGACGCGGCAGACAUCGGCAUAAUGGAACAGUGGGUGUGAGGAGAUGCUUAGGAGAGGACGAGCAGAGACGGAGCGAGGGAGGGACACUCAGUCCAGCAGGAGAUGAAAAGGAGGAUGAAAGGAGAGGAUUACGUGUUGAUGGGGAGCAGGAGGAGAAAGAGAGCGAGCGGAAAGUUCUGGGAGUGCUCAGGGAGAUGAGUGUGUUGUAUUCAGGCAGGCUGGAAGUUUGGAGGGGGGCCCUCAGAAAAUGUGCUUCGGUGUUCAUGAAGUCUCCAGCAGGGGGCGGUGAUCGGCAGCACCGUUCUACAACAGAUAUGACAGAAUGUAGAGCUGGGCCUUGCUCACACUCCUUCAGGGACACUUUCCUGAGUGUUGGAGAGGACGUAGACGACAUUACGGGAAAACUGAGAGGGAUCACUGACAAGCUGGAUGCAGAAAUUCACCAAUUGUCUGUAGACGAGGCCUCGACGGUUCACGCAGCACUUCAGGAAUCCAGAGACCCGGGAACUCCGGAGCGACCUGAAGAUGCCGGCGACCCUCUGAACUCCCGUCAUCCACCUGAGCCCGACUCUGGGCCCAAACAGGAGGUGGAAGAUGGAGAUGAUCCAAACCACACGUGGUCAUCACAAGAUGCUGAACGAAAGCUCGGCUUCACAUUCAGCCGCCGCAGCAACGAGGAAGACGCCGGGGAAGUCAAAGGUCAAGUGAGUGACUCUGUAGAGGAACCCAAUCAUUGUCAGACAGAUUUACUGGAGGAGUCAAAAAAGGACAAAGAGUUGAUGGAUGGCAGGGAUGAACAGGAGGCAAAGAGCGAAUGGAUUACAGUCGGGCUCACCGGACAGCUGGAGGACAACCGUUCCGAUGUACCAGACGCAUGUUUUAUCAGAGCGCCCGAGGGUGCGGCCGGACUGCUGAGGUGCGAGGUGGCCGACGCCCUGAGCUGCCUGAUGGUCACCGGCUCGGAAGAGCUGAUCAGCAGAGUGAUCCGGGUGAAAGUUCAGGACAGAAGCACCUGUCGCUUCCCUCUAACUGUGGCCGUGCCUUACUGCGCGCGGUAUCGCGGCAGCUGCAGGGACAUCGCCGUGAAGGUGGUCGACGAGGAGCGGAGGGCGAGCUACAUCACCCCUCUGACAACAGAGGGCGUUCACGGAGGGCAGAGGGGCUCAUUUGCCGAAGUGAAGGUGUACUCUUUGGGUCUAUUUGCAGUGGUUUCCUGUCUGAAGAGAGAAAAUUACAUGGUUCCCAAAAGGGGUUUGUCAUUAAAACUCCCCAUGGACCCCCGAAUUAGUCUGAACUACCUCCCAGGAACCUUCACGGCUCCCGUAAUGGCACAGACCAUGAUCCAGCCGGUAGACGCCGUCCUUCUGGCUGCUGUCAAGUCCAAAAACGAGACCUAUCGUUCAGUGGCGUCCACCAGCCCACUGCUGUACCUCACCCACCCGACCUCGCAGCCUCUGAGAAGACCCCUCAUGGUAACGCUGCCGUGUCCCCCUAACACUGAACAAAAGAGGCGCUCCAAGGAGAACCCAGAUCACCAAACUCGGCCCGUCAGCGUUUCUCCACCCUGGGAUCCAGCGGCUUCAAUCAGAGUGAGAAUCUUGGGCGCCUCCGUGGAGUCCAAGGUGACGUCCAAUGAGUCGCUGACUGUCCUGGGCUCAAAGGACAAUCAGUGGAGCAUCCUGGAUAAAGUCGCCGCCAGAAACCAGCAGAACGGACUGGUGUCCUUCGACCUGACGGAGAGCUACGACAGACUGCUCGUGGCUCGCCUCCUCUCCCCACUGCAGCCUUGUCACCUCAGCUCCCUGGCGGAGGAGCUGGAGGAGUCCGUGUGCUGCCACUCGGUCACCGUGGUCCUGCAGCGGAGGCCGGACGAGCCCCACGCCGUCCUGGUGGCCGCGCUGCUCACCAGAGACCUCAGCUGGGAGCUGAGCAAACUACGAGCUCAGGGCUACGGCGGCCCGGCGGAGAUCUCGUCGGAGAUCUCCAUGUGUGAGGCGGAUCAGCUCCUCCUGCGUUUCAGCGGCAACGUCACCUCCACAGCCGGAGCUCACAAGAGCAAAAGCGAAGCGGCGCACGAGCGAAUCACCUUCCACAGCCAGAGGAAGAACCGCCUCGUGGUGCGUCUGACCGAAGUGGACCCCUUCGGAAACUACAGCUCCCCUCACUACAAGGGGGCGGCCAUGUUUUACAGGGUCGCCAGAGGUCAGCUGGAGUGGCGAGGGGGCGGAGCUUUCCUGAAGGACGCGAAGCUCCUGGGAGACCCCGUCUGUAAGCUGUCUCUGACUCUACCCAAGAAAGUGAGAAACAUCAAUCGGCCCGUUGCAGCCCGGGUGAAGUUAUGCGAGGAGGCAGAUUCCCUGUCAGACUCUCUUCUUCUGUGGUUGUCUGGGGAGCUUUCGGAGGAGGAAACAGCGUCGCUGGUGCUCUCGCUCCGCCUCCGUCGCAGCGCCGCUCAGCUGGUGAAGCUCCGGGCCGGGGGCAGCCCGUCCUCCCGGGCCUUCCAGGUCCUGGCCCUGUGGAGGAGGGGGCUGCCCGCCGUCCCCCACCGACCCAAGGCCGCUCAGCUCGCCCGCUGCCUGGCCAGGAGCGGCAGGCCCGACCUGGCCGGGGAGCUGCUGCUGAGACAGGCUGCGGCCACCGGGCAGAGCGCGCUGAAAUGAGGGGGUUUAAAACGUAGCGCUCACACUGGGUUUCACAUUGGUGCUUGGAUCGGAGAUGGUAGCGCUCAGCCUGAGCCACAAGAUGUCACCAUUAGACUGGGAGAUUCACAUAGUGAGAGCUUCUUUCAACACAUCAUCUCUCACCUGGAAGGGGAUUGUUGGACUUGGUUUCAAAGACCCAUAGAGGAAAUAUCGAAUAUCUUAAAAUCCGAGGAAACCUCGUUCAGCAGGAUUCUUCUUUCUCAUGUCAUUAACUGCUUCAUGCACCUUUAUUUCCACUCUGAAAGGUUUGGAGCCACUUAGCUGGACAUUCAGACAGAAGUGUUAAUAAAUACACGUAGUUACCUCACAUUAAGGAUUAAAAGGCGUUAGUUUGACUUUAAACAACACAGAGAAUUAUCUGUAGCAGCAACAUGACCCAGACUGGCGCACGCUACCGGCUUCAGUGUGUUUUUAAGCGUCGCCACGCUCUUAUUAAUCAGCGAAUUCGGGAGCGUUGAUCUCCGACGGGGCCUUGACAGCCUGACUUUAUUUUGUAGUUUGUCUCCGCAGACAGGUGGGUGGUGAUUUAGCACACCGCUCAGCCGUCGCUUUUCUCCGCGUAAACAAACGGUGACACUGAGCUGUGACCUCUUUUCAGCUCCCUGACACCGAGUCGUCUUCAACACCAGAAGCUAUUUCUCAGCAUAUAUAAGGUAAUUUAUAUACAGUAUUGAUUAUGAUUAUUAAAAUAAAUAUGACAGGAAUGUAAACUCACAUUCAAUGCAACACGGGAAGCAAUGUUCACAAAUUCAUUGGGUCAAGAGCAAAUAAGCUAAUGUCAUACGUCGGCAUCUAGAAGAGCCCCAAGCUAACAAUUAGUGAGUAGCAUAGGUGCUAAGGCUUUCUGAACACAUACCGAGAGGCUACUGUGAAUAUUUCCUCUGAUAUAUUAAACUCAAAUAUGAACUCUUCUCAAGCAACCUGCAAUAUGUUCAUUUACUAUGCGCUGAAAAAUUACUUCCAUGGCCUUUGGCAUUUUUGAAAAUGUAAAACUCCUCGUUUGAGCUCAGGAAUAACACAAGAGAUGCGCACAGUAAAGGGCCCUGUAUUGUGUGUCCCUUUCAGAGACUAGCAGACAGGAAGUUGUCCUGAAGGAGUCGACACAAGCCUCCGAGACCACGUCGUUAUCACAUCCGCUGAUAU